CACUUCCUCCUGACCUACAUUUUCGCCGCGGCUGCUGCAUUAUACUCCUGCAGGCCAUAAGAUAUGAUCUUCCGACGGCAACUACACCUCCAGGCGCUGUCCUGUGCCUUACUCCUGCUGGUGGCGUCAUCAGCAGCACAGGACACCUUCGAUUGCAAGGCCACGAUUGGCGAGGGCAAGUGGGACCUCGAAAGUCUCGCGGGCGAACAGACCCUCUCGCAUGAGCGCGAUACGCCCCCGACAAGAUUCCGGGACAGCGUGACAUUUAACCUGUGCGAGGACCUGCAGCAGAAAGAGGGCGUCGCGGAGAAGGACCAGUGUCCAUCAGGAACGAGAGCGUGUCUGACGAAAACGAAUAUCAAAGAGAGCCAGCCGGAGCGCAUCACCGCGGUCAUACCACUGGCGAAAUCGUCUAUGGACGAUGUGAAGUUCAACUUGCUGUUAGCACCGAAAAAGGGCCUAUCCCUGACUUUCACCGGACCCCCAUAUCCCGACCCUCUAACGAGCGAACAAAUACCACAAUCGUUCACUAUUGAUCUCAUGUGUGAGCCGGGGGAAACUGGCGAGCCAUCGUUACAGUCGUAUGAUGGGAAGGAGUUGAAGGUGGAAUGGCGAACACAGGCCGGAUGCAUGUUCGGGGAGAAGGAACCUCCAGAGUCGAAGCCAGACCCUGGUAAGGACGAGGAGGAGCAGAGCUCGGUGGGAUCGGGGAUGGGAUAUUUCUUCUUACUAUUGCUGCUUGCGCUCGUCGCCUAUUUCGGGCUCGGGGCAUACUACAACUACUCGACGUAUGGCGCGUCAGGGAUGGACCUAAUACCACAUCGCGUUUUCUGGAGAGAAGUCCCAUAUAUGCUGCGCGACGUCGUAUCGCACCUGUGCAACAUCGUCCGGCCACGGUCGUCAAGUCGAGGCGGAUACAUUGCAGUGUAGCCUGCCCUGCACCUUUCUCCAUUCUAGACGACUCGUCAGCUUUCGGGGAUUUUCUGCUUUUACUGCCUAUGGAUACGCUCGACAGCAAUGA